AUGGAGUAUGACAUUGAUCUGAGCGCAGAAACGUCCGAGCUGCUCGGUCGCGGAGCGUUUGGGUCUGUCUACCGUGCGCGGUACAUGCGGCAGACGGUGGCUGUCAAGAUGCUCAAUCUGCACGCUGCAGUCGAUGCCGCCGAAGUUGUGCAGCGGUUUGUGGCCGAGGUGACGGCCAUUUCCAAGAUCUCGCACCCCAACUGCAUCCGGUUCUUUGGUGCCUCGCUCAACGUCAACGCGCUGGCGAUGGUGACCGAGUUCUGUCCCAAUGGCGACCUCUCGGAUGUUAUCCACAGACACGGCUUUGUUUCACGCGACGAGCAGCUCAACUACCUGCUGGACAUCUGCAAGGGCAUGGCGUACCUGCACGAGCGCGGCAUGGUGCAUCGUGAUCUCAAGCCGGAAAACGUGCUGCUGGACGCCAACUUUACGGCCAAGGUCGCCGACUUUGGUUUGUCGACGACCGACAUCUCGGACACGAGCACGGUUUUCUGUGGGACGCGGGCGUACAUGGCACCUGAGGUCCUGCGCGCCCAGCAGAACGACAAACCGGCGGACGUGUGGUCGUUUGCCACUCUGGCGUGGGAGGCGUUCACCUCGAUCAGACCUGAUUCGUUGCGGGCCGACGUCUACGCGGCGCCGGGCAACUUUUACAACUGGAUCCCCGGCCCGUUGGAGCUCUCCAAGGCCUCGGGCCUCUCUUCGGGCCCGUCGAUUGAGUUCGCACCGCUCAAACCUUUUGUACCUUUGUCGUCCUCUCUCACCCUUGGCGACGCGAACGGCUCAGUCGGCUCGAUGGACUCGCUCGCGUCCGACUCAUCGCAGACCUGGCACGUGGCUGCCGGUGGGACCGAGUCGCGGCCUUGGGCGCGGCCGUCACGCAACUACGCCCGCAUCUCGCACACCCGCUCGGUCCAGACCCCGCUGAGUUCGACUGGAUCGGGCUCGAGCACGAGUCGGAAGCGGGCAGGCAAGCCUUCGGUCCGCAAGGCCGUCCAAGUCUCAGUCGCCGGUUUUGACGACGACAUCAUCAUUCCGUGGCCGGCGCCGGUCAUUCGAGUGCUGGAGCAGGCAUUUGUAGCCUCGCCUGGCCUCCGCCCGACCUUUUUGGACAUGGUCAACGCGUUCAUGCUCGGCCGCCGGCUGGUCCAACUGCAGACUGCCAUCGACGCCCGCGACGUGGCGGCGCUGCGCUCGGCCUUUGGCGGCGAGUGCGCGCUUGCCCACGCCCAUUGGAAGCAGAAGACGUACAUGCCACACUACCUCGCCACUCGCGGCGUAGUCACCCACCGCUCGCCGCUCCAUCUCGCCGCCAUGGCCGAUGACCUCGACUUGGCCGCCAAGCUUGUUCGGCUGGGCAUCCCGCUUUGCGACAUGGAUCUGAAUGGCAAGACGCCGCUCUGCCAUGCGCACUCUGAGGGCAUGCGCAAGCUUUUGCUCGAGGCCAACGGCAUGAUCAUUGGCGGCUUUCUCUUCAAGCGCCCGUUUGCCAAGCCCUCCAAGUGCACCGACGUCAACUGGUGCGCCGCCAAGGGCAAGUGGCGCCGCCGCUUUGUCGCCAUCGAGGGCUUUUACGUCAAGGUCUGGCUCGACAAGGCCUCAGCGCUGAAGCUCAAGCGGCCACGUGCGGUUGAGAGAAUCACCGCCACCACUACUGUCACGCUGUACGAGACGCCGUCGGUGUCCAAGCUCGAGGCCAUGCGGUCCGAGGACGUAGUUGUCCGGGGCCUCGGCAACGCCCACCGCCUGUCAUUGCACCUCGCUGCUCUCACGGUCUCGCGCUCGUCCUACAGGGCUGGCGGGCGCCGGAGGCGUCGGCAGACUGAUAUCGCGGCUGGCGCGCGGCCACCGCAGAUGCGCGGGAAGCAAGCCAAGCGCCGGGCCGGUGCCAAGCGCAACAGGUUUGGCAAGGUCACUCGCGGCUCGCGGCGAGGCAAGCAAGGCAAGCAAGGCAAGCAGGGUGGGUCAUCCGCCAAGCGGAAAGUUAACCGCCCACGCUCCCCGCCGGCGCCUCAGACCGAUCUUUUGACGGGCAGCCUCUCGCGCUCGGCGCCAGCGAUGGCAGACUCGAGCGUCGUGCCGGUUGUUGCAGCUGAUACGGCUGGAAGGGUGAGCAGCAGCCUCUCGUCGACUUGCUCGGCGUCAUUUGAGUACUCGGCGAGCUCGAGCGGUGCUGUUGACGCCGAGGACGGCAUCGACCACGACCUGGUGCAGUCUGCAUACAAGUUUUCAUUUACCCAGCAUGAUGAUGCCGCCGACGGCACGAUGCAGUCGCGCGAGUGUCUGCUGGUGGCGCCGACCGAGGAGGUCCGCGCUGAGUGGGUGGAGACGAUCAAGCAGCUCAUCACGGCUGCCAAAGAGGCCGAGCGCGACAAGUGCAACUCGCUAGCGCUGCCGCGGCUCAAGUCGCGUAGCCGGAUGAGGGCUGGGCGCAAGUCGAAGCGCUCGCCGGCUAGCUCGCCGCAUGUCUCGCCGGACACUUCGGUAGAGUCGCUGGGGCUUGAGAGCCCGCACCUUGCGAUUGAGAUCGAGUCUACGUCGACUUCUAUCUCUGGCGGUCGAGCUGACAUGUCAGGCGAGGUGAUGGUGGCGGUGGAGCUGGAGUCGUCGUCGGAUGCCAUGCUCUCGUUGGAGGCAACCGAGUAUUCGUACGGUGGGAGCGAGGAGAGUGUGGACGAGUCGUCGUCGGCUUCGUUCUCGUCAACCGAAGAGAGCGGCACGAGAAGCUCGACUAGCAGCGAUGUCGAUGUCGACGCCACAGUGAUAGUGCCACGGUCACUCGAGUCGACUGGGACCGCGUCACAAGGGUGGGGCGGGCAGUCGUCGACAGCCGGUCGGGCGUCGGGCGAGGAAAGCGGGCUUGAUGCUGGGGCUGCGAAUGAGGCGUACAAGACAGUGCAGACGAUGCUGUCUGGAGCGCACGAGGCGCGAAUGUCGUUCAUGUGCCGGGUCUCUGGCACCGAGUCUACACCGCGGCUGAUGCGACGGGUGUUCAAGAUCCCGACCGAGGUGGUGUACAUGAUCGACCCGCAGCUUGUGGUGCUCGAGGAUGAGGACGGGCCUGUUGACUCGACAGGCGCGCGGCCGAUGACGCCGACGUACCGCGGCCAUUUUUUGUUUUCAGACGUCAUGGUCAAGGCUUUUCCUCUUGGCGGCGUCACGCAGGGCCAAACAGAGGCGCUGCUGGACGUGCUGCGCAUGAUGUGCGGCGUCUCGCACCCCAACACAGUGCCAACGGUAGGUGUGGCGAUGUCGGCGUCGCCGCCGCAGCUGCUCAUGGUCUCCGAAGUCAUGGAACCGACGUCGCUCUUUGACGCGCUGCGAUCGGACCAGAUGAUGGGUUCGCGCAUGAUUCCGCUGUACUACGCAUUUGAGAUUGCCCGCGGCAUGGAGCGGCUCCACGAGCUCGGCAUUGUGCACGGCAACUUGCAUCCGGCCAACGUGCUGUUUGACGAAAUUGGGACGGUCCGGAUCUCGCACUAUGGAGUGACCCAGCUUUUAAUGGUCAUCACUCGGCAGCCCGAGGUCAUUCGCGCCAAGCUGCACCCGCUUUAUGCAGCGCCCGAGGUGCUCGACGGUUCCGGCCCGCUCAUCUCACAGCAUGCUGACCUGUGGUCGCUGGGAGUGGUCGUUUGGGCGUGCUUCUACAUGUCGUUCGGCGCGCUCUCGCUGCCGUACGAUGGCAAGCGCGGCAAAGACAACUACUACGCGCCGCCCGGGCUGAUGGACGCGCGGACACCGCCAGAUGUCAUCGAGCUGCUCAACGCCACUUUUGAGGCCAAGAAUCCGAGCGAGCGGCCAAGCGCGGCAGUGUUUGCGGCCGUCUUGCUGAAGCACAUUGUACACGCGCAAGAGUCGUCGCAAGCUUGGGGCCGCCUCGCGCCGUGGCAGGGUGAGUCGGUCAGCAUCAAGUCUGCAACGUCGCGGGAGACGUACUCGAACGUCGGCGUCCGCGCUCGGGUCGAGGCCUUUGACCAGGACCAGCUCUGGCGGACAGAGCACAACAAGCGGACGCGGCGGCUGAAGGAGCUCAGCGCGCGGCUCGACGCCAACGCAGGAAUCUGCGAGGAAGUCGGGCAGCUCAUUGCCACACUCUCGGACGAGUUUGACGAAGCCGCGCUCGGCUCGGCGCCGCGAUCGUCGCUCUACAGCCUGGCGGCGUCAGUGCUUCGGGUCAUGGCCAACGUCCACGCGCUCUGUGGCAGUUCGAGCGUGCUUGAGGUCUCCAUCGACAUGCUCCACCGCAUCACCGACUCGGACGAAGGCAAGGUGGCGGUACGGAUGCAGGGCGGCGGGCACGCCGUGCUAGCCAUUCUCCAGGACAGCAACGCGUCGUGCAGGCUGCUCCUCGGUGCGCUGCGGCUGCUGGUUCGGGUCGCGUAUAACGAUGACAACCGCGACCACCUCCGCGACAUCGGCAUGGUCGACGAGCUCGUGCGACUGCUCCGCGCUGAAAAGGUGGUUGGCAACGUGACGCUUGCCAACGAGGUUGUCAACGCGACGGCCUUUAUGGCGCUGACUGUCCAGAACAAGGUCCGCUUCGGCGAGCUGGGUGCGGUCGCCGACAUUGUGGAGAUCCUCGAGCGUUGGCAAAGUUCCGAGUACAUGAAGGGCGACCUGUAUCGCAACGGUCUGCGUGGGCUAGGCAAUCUCUGCGUCCAUCCGCCCAACGCAGUGGCGCUCAUGACAUGCGGCGACGGCAAGUUUGCGCGGCUUCUCCAGGCCCGGCUCGACCUCGGAAUGGACAACUUUUUGAGUGAGCUGGAGAAGGAGAUCUCCAAGAUCCUGGCCUCACUGUGGUGCUUCAACUCGAUGGCGCGAGCGCCUGAAGCCGUCCACCUCAUUCCAACCCAUCUCAUCGACUCGCUCUUCCGCUUUGCCACCACCGGCGCGCAACACCACUACCGCAUUGCCUGGAUCCUCUUCUACAUUACCAUCCGGCUCUGCGUCGACGACAAGCAUCGGCAGUACAUUCGGGCCACCAUGGAUCUUCACUCGCUCGCCCACGACCUCACCGAGCUCUGGGCCGCUUUUCCCUCAGUCGCCACCCUUGCCAAGCGCGCUGUCGAGGAGGUUGCCGUGGAGAACAGCGCCGAUCUGCGCGGACCGCCUCGCACCUAGUCCCCUUAUCUUUGCCAUUGAAGGUCAUGUGCUCUCGCGGUGUUGUACUUGUGAGCCAUAAUGGCCAGCGCAGUAAAUGCGAGGAAACCUGAAA